AUGGAUCAAUUUCCUGCCUACAUCAUGCCUGAUGGCCAAACAAACAACAGCGAACUAUACAUGCUUGUAGAUACGACUUUGCCCCAGGGACAACUGGAUUUUACUGGGUACGAAGACUUCAUGGGAUUUUCAUAUCCCGUAUCCCUGGGUGGCGAGCCUAUUAAUGGGGCCGCAUCUACUCACCUCUUCCCAUCUGUGCCACGUUCGGAGAUGCAAACAAACGAACCUCAUCUCUCUCCGCGUGGGUCUGGGAACGAUGGGGUGUACAAGCAGCAACAGGGGCUCUUCCACGGCCCCAUCCACCCCCCGACUCCACCUUUUACAAGUCCUCAAAUCAAGUCGAGUAUGUCAUUAGGCCUGACAAAUAGUCAAUAUACUUCCAGUCCAAAGAAGACGAACCAGGACAUCCCAAUAGGCAGCUCAGACGCAACAGAUGAUGUACUUGGUGAACUCGUCAAUGUCCUGGCCCGUCCAAAUGCCUGGGAUGGGCUACCCAGUAACAAGAGCGAUGGUACUAUGGCCUUAUCACAUGACGCCCGGGAUCGAAUAGUGGCCACUGUGCAGCUACUGUUCCAACGUGCGCUGCAAAUUGGCAGUUCGCCAUCGUCGUCCACCGAAGGCCUAUUUGGCCGCAUUGUAUCGCUGCCUCCGUCGCACGUGCUAAUGCACUUUAUCGAGAUCUACGCAGCACGCAUUGACUCGAUUCAACCCUACCUUGGUCUCCCUGGUUCCCCCACCGCCAACAUUCAAGACAUCUUAAAGAUUGACACGGUCGACGUAGGCAUGUUGUUGAUCAUUCUCGUUAUUACACAUGGCGCUAUGCUCACAGAUCACCAUGAGUCACAUGUAUUCGCAUAUGGCUUGAUUGAGGUGUGCAUGGUCGCACUGAACCAUGUUCUCGAACGCCGAUGCAUAUCACAGCCAAUGGUUGGAGGGGUUGCAUUACAAUUACUUACACUCUGUGUGCGAAGCGGGAAGAGUUCUUUUAUCUCGUAUGCCAUGUCAAAACGAGGCCAGUACCUAAGUCUGUUGAAAAGCAGUGGAAUUCUAAAUCCCGAACAAGGACUCCACAACCAUGGCUUAGAUGGUGAGAGCCUAUGGGAGAGAUGGAAAGAGAUUGAGACAAAAAAUCGCCAUGUACAUGCAUGGGUUUACGUAGACCUUGAGAUAAGCUUGCUCCAUGAUGUUCCGCCGGUACUUUCAAACUGUGAUUUGCAAGUGCCUCUACCUAAUAACGGCGACCUCUGGAACGCACAAACGUACAACGACUGGAUUGGACGGCCUGGUGCAAAGGAGAUCCAAAUGGGUCACGAGCUACCGUCACUGAACGGUCUCUUCCGGAGUUUUCUCCAAGGCCGACUAACAGGUAGUGAUGAUGUACCUCCACAUCACCUGCGUCUCCUUCUCCACCCCCUACAAGCCAUGGUCUUGGAACAACAACAGCUUCUUCGCAUCUUUGAUAACGAUGAAUCAACUAACAGACAUCGCGUCCUUUCCAAGACCAAGGUAUUGGGCCGCCUACAGGAGACACAGGAUUUGGUUCAAGAUUUGGCUGCACUCCUCAAUCAAAAUUCGCAAGCUACCAUGGAUAGCGUACCAGUGGAUUGGACGGGCAUAAUCAUGCUACAUCUGGUUAGCUUAAAUGUGUGCACAAGCAUCCCUGACAUAGAGAAAUGUGCCAAGGAGGAGCCUCCGUCAUCACUAUCGGCAUGCGCUGAGAUGUGGAGCCGAGUACGCUAUCCCGAAGGGGGAAACUAUAUCUUAUUCCAUGCUGGCCAGAUCUUCCGGCUUAUCGACAACCUACCGGUCGACGCCCGACCCAUAUGGUGGCCAGUAGCGAUCUACCGCGCAUCGAUGGCCUGCUGGUCGCUUAGAACGAUAGAGCGAAUGAGUUCAGGGAUCCAGUCUCGGGAAGUGGGUAUUGAUGCACUUCUACCCAGCGAUGAGGAACGCUUUCUCAAUACCCCUGCGGUCACCCCGGUCGUCACGUUGCCCGACAAUAGACGAUUAUCAAUCUUCGAGGGCGGUAACAGCUUGCUGUAUUGCAUAAGCAAGCUGGAGAAUCACCCCACACAUCUUGUCAGCAGUGUGCUUGAGAAGGCCCGGUAUUUCCUGCAUAGAUGGAGCUCAUAG